AUGGCGACUCAGACCGAGGAUAAAGUGGCUUAUCCAAUUCAGCGGACCUUCAGACUGAAUUACAACCAUCUGCUCAUGAAAGAAACUGCUGGCUACCUGAUCAAUCCUAGAAUACCCACAAGCCAGAAGGAGAUCCGCAUCGCUGAUGUAGGCACAGGGACUGCAGCAUGGGCGCUUGAAACUGCCGCGAAAUACCCGAAUGCAACCAUUCAUGGUUUCGACAUAUCAGACGAGCAGUUUUCGCCUCUGUAUACCAUAUCCAAUGUCCGGCUAGUAGUCCACGAUUGCUUCAAAGAAUUCCCUGCCGAGUUCGUGGAGCAGUAUGAUGUCGUCCAUGCUAGAUUCUGGCUCUGUCUCGUCAAUAAUCCAGACGCUCCGGUGCUCCUCAAGAAUCUCAUGUCCUUGCUGAAACCUGGUGGCUACCUGCAAUGGUUCGAGCCUUUAGCAAAGUCAGUCAGCGUCUGGAAGCCCGAUCCCAACAUGCCAAGCCCUGCUCUCGACCGGCACUGUAAAAUUUGGGCAAAACCAAAGCCAUAUACCACUUACGAAUGGGUCGAGCAGCUUCCUGAACUGUUCCGGAGCCACGGUCUCACAUCCGUAGCGACUGACCGCCAUCUGAUUGGUGACCAAUUCCGGGCCAUGUGGGGCCAAAGCAACCUCGCUGGCUACCUAGACUUGGUGGAGGAAAAUGUUGAAGGGGUGGGGGAUGCAAAUGACAUCAAAAGCUUUGUGAGGAAGUUGGAGGAGGAGAUGAAGAAGGGAGCGAGUUUUGAUACGACGUUCCUUUGUGUUGUGGGAAGGAAAGCAUUGUAA